UCUGCCUCCUGGUCACAAAAGGAGAGCGGUGCUUCAGAGAUUAUUCGAUUCAAGUACCUCGUUGACGCGUCCGGACGGGCGGGUGAAAGUAUUGCAACCUGGGGAUACUGGGAGUUAGCGGCGGUUCAUGGCCCUGGCAAGGGUGAUCCCUUUUUUGAGGUAGUUGAUGAAGGAAGUGGCCGGGCCUGGUAUAUCCCGUUGCACGAUGGCACCGUUUCGGUUGGGAUUUCAAUGAAGCAAGACCGCGUUGCUGCCAAAAAGAAGGCGCCUGGAGCAACAGGCAUUGCAACUGAGUACGCGAGCUCCCAUCUCCGUGUUGCCGGUGAUGGGGGCUGCUAUGUUGACCCUCUGUUCUCGUACGGUGUUCACCUUGCCAUGAACAGUGGGCUCUCGGCAGCUAUCACGAUCUGUGCAUCGACGAGAGGGGACUGCAGCGAGGAAACCGCUGUAUCCUGGCAUUCAAACAAGGUUGCUGAGGGUUACACUUGCUUCCUGCUAGUUGUGACCAGCUCCCUUGAGCAGAUCUACGGUCGAGAGCAGAACAUCUUGAAUGAUAUCGACGAACCUGGAUUCGACAACGCAUUUGACCAUUUCAAGCCAGUCAUCCAAGGCACCGUUGAAAUAAGUGGGAGAUUCACCAAGGAGGAAGUCGCCCAGUCAGUCGACUUCUGCACCAAGCUUAUCGCUAAGGUAGAAGAAAGUGGCUGUCUUUCCACCCUGGGCGUUGAAAAGAAUGAACCUGGCAGCGAACUGGGAGCUGCUGCUCCCGCCGGUGCUUCGCGUACUGAUGACAGGGUUGAUGCCGCGAUUAUGAAGAUUGUCCAAAUCCACCGUGUUCUAGACCUGAAGAAUUUCUCGGCGGACGUGAUCAAUGGGAUGGCACCAAGCAUGGAUCGUGGCCACUUUGGCCUCGUUAUGACGACUAGCUGA